UUUCAUUUCCAGGUAAUGACGGUCUUUUUGGCUGUCACACUCUUGAUGGUUGUCGAUGUAACUGAUUGGCACAUAGAAAUAGGGUGGCAUUGUAAUCGCCAUGAAAACAGUUCUAAACAUUUGUGUGAAAACUGUGUCUGGGGCAGCCGUUUUAAAACAUAUCAAGUAUUAUAUAACGGUGGUCGGGAGCUACAAUUGGAAAAGCUUGCAAACAUUACAGUCCUUAAUGAAAAUCAAUGUAAACAUAAAAAGUUUCUUGUAUAUAAAUGUGAUUCUUCAAGUCUGUGUGGAGGUUUUGCGGAUCGACAGAAAGGCAUAAUUUCAACAUUUCUUUUGGCUCUUUUGACAAAUCGUAAGUUCAUUAUCGACAUGACAAGUCCCUGCAACUUGGAGGAGUUUUUAGAACCAAACGUCUACAAUUGGAAUCUGUGUAAAGCCUAUUUAAAAACCAUGCCAAACAAAAAUAUCAGUAAAUUAAAUUAUGUUGAAAACUAUAAGUUCAUUAAAGGAAUAAAUCAGUUUGACUUUGACAGAAACUGGACAAAAGGUGCAGUAGUUCUAAAAUUUAACGGCUACGCAAUUGAUAAGAUAAGACAACAUAAAGAAACUAAAUCAAGAUUGGAAUGGCUUUUGAAUAUAACAAACGAAGAGGCUAUCCAUUUAGUGCUAAAUACAUUAUUUAAACCAGGUGAAAGAUUGUUUAAUGAUGCCAUUAAUUUUUAUAAUAAUCAUAUUAACGGAAGAAAGUUAAUAUGUUCUCAUAUAAGAAAAGGUAAAAACCCAACACUUCCUACAGAUAAUAGGCUUCGUUUUGGAUCACCAAAUGAAACAGUGAUAUUUGAAUAUUUGAAAAAACUUGACAAGAAUUCGAAAAAUGCAAUAUAUAUUGCCGCUGAUUCAGAGGAAGUGAAACAAAGUGCUAAAGGCAACCUAACUUCAUACAUCAACAUCAAUCGAACUAUUGUUCAUAUCGACAGAUUAGCACAAUUUAAAAAACAAAAAUCAGAAGCCUGUGAUGGAUUUUAUACAGCAGUUUUUGAGCAGUUUAUUUUAUCUUUAUGUGAUAAACUGAUCUUGACACGGAGUGGAUUUGGCACAAUAGCAGCUUAUAUCAGAGGAGUUUCCGAUGAACUUUUCUUGUAUCAUCCAAAACUGAAAAUAAUUGUGGAAACAAACCUUACAAACAUACAAAAAGUUUUUAAAUUUAAAUUUCUUUAACGUCGUUCACCAAAAUAAGCAGUGUAAUGGCUACAUUUGAGCUAUUUCAAUACCCCGAAAAAUGUAUGUAACUAAAUAAGAAAUUAAAUUUUCGUAUCAUUCUGUAGAAGGAAUAUACAUGUAUACUCAAUAAGGACA